AAGGAAAAUAUUUAAUUCGCUGUGAUUAUACCGUGAUAUGUGACGAAGUUCUUGCUGCUAUCGAACAACUUUGACGAGAAAAUCCAUCUUUGCAGCCUCUCCUUCCUUCCUGAAGAGAGAAAAGAAUAGGCAGGCAUGGCAGGUCUUGUUACAAAAACCAGUGGAUUGAUAAAAGUUGGUAUAAAUAAUGCAAAGCCUGUGCUGCAUGUAUGGCAGCAAUAUGCCAGGGUAGAAUUGACACCACCCACUUUGAGAGACUUUCCUGCCAUUCGAAAGGGCUUUUCAAAUUUGAUUCAGGCUGCGAAGACUGGUCGCUAUCGUGAAGUCACCGUACGCGAGGCUGUCGUAAACACCUUGGUAGCUGCUGAAAUAUAUUGUUGGUUCUAUGUUGGAGAAUGUAUUGGAAAGCGACAUCUUAUUGGAUACGAUGUAUAAGUAUGCCAUAUAUUUAAUCUCUUGCAUAGAUAAUUGUGUAUAAAUUAUAUAGAUUUGGUCCUAAAUAUACAAAAAUAUAAAUCGUA